AUGUCUCCAGAGGAUGAACUGCAAAGUCUCCCCCUUGGUUACAGCUCUACCAGGGAGGAUGUUUCUCUGAGUUGUGGAGAUCUAGAGAGCUCUCUGGAGCCGGGGAGAGGGAGCAGGACUCGCAGUAGUCUCCUCACAAGAACCCCAGAGGCUAAUAUUAGUUGUCUGGGAGAUUAUGCAGAAAGAAAGAGCCCUCUCCUGAGAAUAUUUGCGGAUGCUGAAGCAGCUGCUAACUCUGCAGCCAUACAACUUGUAUCUUUUAAAGAUGCCAUGGAGGAUGAGUUUGCCGAUUCAAGACAAUCUACAGGGGAUAAGCGCCGAAUUACAAGGCAGAGAGGACUUUUGCUGGAGAAGUUAGAGGAUUUCAAACGAAUAAAUAAGUCCGUAAGACAGAAACUGAAACAGCUCCAAGAUGUAGAGGCUGAUCGCAUUGAUGCAGACAAACAUAUUGACACCUUGAUGGAGAGGAUCACACAGGCUGAAAAUGAAAAUGAGCAUUUAAAGAACGAUUUGAGUAAGACAGAAAGAAAAGUUGAGGACCUCCUAGAUCUGCGGAGAGAAGAGCAGGAGAACAUAAAGAGUGCAGUUCACAUGACUAAGUCUGUGGAGGCGACCCGCGCUCACCUGCAGGGGCAGCUACGCAAUAAAGAAGCUGAAAACAAUCGUCUGACUGUACAGCUGCGGACUCUUGAGAGAACCCUGACUGAACAAAAGAUGGAGAUUGAUGAUCUUAAAGGGUCCAUCACAUCUCUGACUGAGAAGACAGCACAGGACAAAGAUUCUCUCAAGAAAGCCACCCGAGCUCAGAAACUAAGAGCUGAGAGAUUUGAAGCUGCUAUUGAGAAAUGUUACAUGCAAUUGAAGGAAAAGGAUGCUGAGCUAGCUGAUGCCCGUUUAGAAAGAGACUCCAGGAGGCGACAAAAGGAGCAGAUGACAGAUGAGAAAGAAAAAUAUCUUACUCAAAUAGAGGUAUUGAAAAGUCAAAUUGCAGACUUGACAGCGAGGCUCCAGCAGGAGAAGGAUGAGCUCUCAUCAGCUAAUGAAAUUGUGAUGCAACGGGUUGAAAAACUCGCCGCUGAAAAUGGAGACUUGAGCGUCAAUAAUGCAAAACUCAAGACGUGUGUUGAUCAGCUGGAGCAGCAGUUUGCUGAUUGUGAGGCCUCCCUGGUCGAAGAAAAGAUUGUAUCUGAGGAGAGGAAACACCAAACUGAACAGAGCCAAUACCAGGUUGCAGAGCUUCAAGCUGAGAUAGACAAAAUGAGGAUAAGAUAUGGAAAUAUUGUACAAGAGACGGAGAACACACGAGAUGGAAGACAUGCAGAAGUUGAAAAGGUGAGGCAGGAGCUGCAGGGGCGUGUGGAGGAACUGACGGCUUUCCCUGAGUUACUGAGUGCAGCUGAGCAGAGUCUCUUCGAGUGCCAGGAGAAUCUGCGACGCUCGGAGAGGAAGUGCUCAGAAAAGUCAGAGUCCAUUAGGCAACUGCAGGUUAAGAUGGAGAGUCAAACAAAAAUGCUGAGAUCAUCUAUGGACAUGAAAGAGUCCAUUCAUGAGGCCAAUUUACAGCUGCAAGAGAAAGUGAAUUCCCUUCAAAAGAAGAUGGACCAGCUGCAUCAGGAGAACCUGGAGCUUGUACGGAAGCUCGCAGCUCAGGAGGAAGCUUUCAGCUACAGUAACCGGCAGCUGGAUAAACGGUCGUCAGAGUGCCAGGCCCUCAGCCGGCAGCUGGAAGCAGCUUUAUCAGACGUUAAACAACAGGUCAGUAAGGUAAAAGACCAAGCUGUUUCCAGAGAACAAAUCCUUCAGACCAAAAUCCUGGAGCUCGACGCAGAGAAGAGCAGAAGGGAUAACGAGCUGAGGCUUCUUCGCCAGAGCAAGCAGACUGCAGAAAAACAGUUCGAGGUGCGUCUAAAAGACCUGCAGCUCAGUCUGGACCAGUCAGAGAGCCACAAGCAAAGUAUUCAGAACUACGUUGAUUUCCUCAAAAACUCUUACAAGAACAUGUUUGAUGAGGGACUGCCCGCAUCGAGUUUGGGAUCUUCUUAUUUUCUAAAAUGACUGAGGUGAAAUCUGUUUGCCUUUUAUUUUUGUUUGUUUGUUUUUAUCAUUAUUUAUCACUAUUUAAAAAAUCAAGAUUGGAGGCAAUAAUUUAUAUCACUUUUAGAGGAAGUGAAAGUUUACUUUUGAUAGAUUUGAACUAUCUUUGGAUAUCUACUUCUACAUGUGUCAUAUAUGGAAGGCAACUGGUGACACUUUUUUUGCGUGGAGAGGAUAUCAGGGAACUCUGCUGUAGUUGUGACACAUGCUGCUUUAAGUUCAUGGUCCCAAGAGAGACAAAGAGCCAGUUGCAUAAAAAUGACUGAUCUGCUGCAUAAGAUUGCAUAAUGAGGAAGACCAUUUUAUUUCAAGUCACCAAAGGCAGCCACAAACUAUCUAAGCUAAAACAGGCUAACCUCAACUACAGUAAGUUGUAUUGAGUUAUGAAUUAACUCAUAACAGUGAAACAGUACAAAAACAGCAUUUCUUUAAUGACACUUUUACUUUUUAAACAUUCAUUUAACAUCUUUAGUUGUACUUACUGUUGUAGGAUUUAUUUACAUCAAUGUGUCUCUAAGCAUUACUGAAUAAUCUUCUAUCAAACAGCAGUCUUGAGCUGGUGAAAAUUGAUAUGCCACUAGGUGGAACUGUUUUGUCAGCCAUUCUCUUCUGAAAUGUCUUUAUUU